CUUAAGACGAGAUAAAGUUAUCAGUUGAGACUACGGUAAAGAAGAAAUACCAUGUGUGUAUCUCGGCUGGUUUUGCUGCUGGGGCUGCUUCUAUGUGUUGGAGCUCAGCUGUCCAACGCUCAGCACUGGUCCCAUGGUUGGUAUCCUGGAGGCAAGAGGGAGCUGGACUCUUUUGGCACGUCAGAGAUUUCACAGGAGAUCAAGCUGUGUGAGGCAGGGGAAUGCAGCUACUUGAGACCUCAGAGGAGGAGUCUUCUGAGAAACAUUCUUUUGGAUGCCUUAGCCAGAGAGCUCCAGAAGAGAAAGUGACAGCUUUCCACCCUUCACUGCUUUUCUACUGAGUGACCUGACUCUCCUCUUCAGUGUCUUUGUCUUGACUUGUAACAGCUUUAUGUUGAUCCUAUGAUCUGGUCUAUUGGAUCAA